UGUUUUUAUAUUUAUAAUAAUGAUAAAAGUGUUUAGACUGUGUUUGUGUUUUGCCAGUUUUAAUAUAGUUCGUGGUAAACUAAUACUGCCUCAAAUAUUCAUCCCUGAACUCACAAUGUGUCCUCGAAACCCGCCAAAGUUACCCGUUCUCUGCUUAACAGGAGAAAAAUUCUCACUUCCCCAGUUCUGUCAAAAUGCCUCUGAAUGGGAGGACAUAGACAUGUCGAUCAAAAUCUUAACAGAUUACUCCGAACCGGACCCAGAAAGAUCUACAUUCGCAUCGUUUAUAAAUCUUAUUAAAUUCAUCCUGAUCAAAGAAGAACUUACAUGCAUAGAUGCCAUGAGUGGACCAAUAAUACAAGUAAAACGUCCAGAAGGAAAGAUUUUCAAAGAUAACAGCGAAAUCUUAAAAGACAUAGAAACAGCGCUAGCUAAUAAACCUAAAAUUAAAGAGAAACUAGAAGAUUUUUAUGAUAGUAUUGAUAUUUCAAACAUGUGUCCUAUUGUAAGACAUAGAGGGCCUUAUAGAAGAAAAAAUAACGCUAUUCCUAUAGUUAAAGUAAAGACAAAUUCGACUUUCACUUGCUCGUGUCCGAAAACUCCACAAAGUUUAAGUCCGGUAACCAUUAUUGGUGGGUCUUUGAGCCCAAUGGCUAAGGAAAUAGCACCUUGUGCCCAGUGUCAAAAACUAACCUUGCAACCGACUGGCUGCAAAUUACAGAGUCUACCUUCAACUAAUGUAAAACGUUGUGGAGGAACUUGUAAUAUGUGCCAAAGAAUAGCCAGUCCACUUAUGGCCGGUUGCCCGAAACUCACUACGCCUUUUGUAGCUGGUUACUCAAAACUGGCGAGUCCUCUUAUGGGUGGUUGCCCAAAACUUACUGCUCCGAUUAUGAAUGGUUACCCUAAACUCGGUCCAGUAUUGGCUGGAAUGGCUGGUUAUCCUAAAAUGGCAAGCCAGAUAUUAUCUGGCUGUCCGAAACUUGCCGGCGUUGCGCCUAGAAUGGGUCUCGGUUGUGGUUGCCCGAAAACUAAUAUGUUUUUAGGUGGUUGCCCAUAUGCGAACCCGAUGUUGGGUUGUCCAAAAUGCGGUUUAGCCAAUUGUGCCUGUCAAGGUAAUCAGGUCGUACCUUUUUACUACAGAGAGAAGCGUUACCUAUGAUAGAUAGUUUCGGUAAUUUAAAAAAACAAGUGACAACUACUGUGUUAGUGCCAUAUACUAUGUCACAAUUUGUGGCUUGACGAAAACGCAAAAUAUAUCGCUAGGCUGUUGAUUUUAUAAGCCAAUUUUAUUGUAGUUUUUUAGCACCUAAAAACGUCCAAUUCGAUUCGAGCAAGUAACAAAUGGUGAACAAUUAACGAAACGUCAAAAAUUCUAUAUUCUAUUGCCUUCCUGUCACAAAUUGACCGUGGUCACGUCACUACCUGUUACUUGAGUCGAAUCGGGCCUAUUAUAAUUAUUGUAUUUUUAAUAAUUUAUUAUUAUAAAAACUGUAAAUACCUAA